GUGGGGUUAAGCGUAGCUUAUUCUUAUAAGAUAAUUAUAGUAGCGAUGCGAGCUGCUGUUUCAGUCGCGGCUCUAAACGAAAAACCUAUUGACUUCAGUUUUUAAAUGGAAAAUUAUUAAGUGUCGCUUGUUAGUAUUUAACCUAAAACAAAAAUCUUUAAAAAAUGGCGUCUGUUUUAAAACACGACACCGUUAGCAAGGGAUGUUAUUAUGUAAAACCGCGUAGGAAAGAAGAAAAACAGCCUCUUCAGCUAGACAACCUAUUUGUUCCUUUGAUAGGGAAUCAAGAACCUCUGGAAUGGGUCAAUUUACGAAAGAAACUUUGCAAGAGCGUCAUGCAAGAAUUAAGCAGUGUUGUUCAUCAAGCAACUUCAGAGAGCAAUGCCAAAGUGAUUCAACAACUAACAGAGCAUGCACUGAAGAGUAAUCCAGAAGGACAAAAACUAAAGGCCGCGAUAUUGUGUGAUGGAAGCAGAAACACAUUUCAUCUUCGGUUUUUUGAACAGCUUAAAUUAAAGCUUUAUCAGCUUGGAUUAAAGAGAUUCGUUGUGCUGGAUCUCAAGAACCACAGAGAUCUAAAAUCCUGCUUUCGACAAAUCAAAGGCGGGUCUUUGGGCCUUGGAAUUCUAUCUUAUGAUAUGGAAGAGUUAGGGGAAAGUAUUACUUUGGUUUUACAGAAUGUAGAGGACUGUGAUAGGCGAUUACUAAAUGCUUUGAUGGAAGCCCUCAAUAUGAUUUCGCAAAAGUCCAAGGAUCAUCAUGUUUAUCUGAUAUUCAAUUUAAAAGUACCUCUGGAACUUUUUGAUGCAUCACUUGACUCUGUCUUUUUUAGCCAUGUCCAGCCCGAAGUAUUUAACAUGAAAGCCACGACAGAUAUCCUUGAAAGUAUAUUUACUCUCGUCGAGGAAAAUCUAAGUUUAAAGUUUGGAUGGAGAACUAGGAAGCUUUUUCGGUCGAUGUUUUACGAAAGAUCCUGGAGCGUUGAAAAAGUUGUUGGUUGUUUACGCUACGGUAUACUUACACAUUUCUAUGGAAAUGCUCUUAGUCCUUUACCUUAUUUAAUUCAGAAUAACCAAACAGGUGCUGUCUCUACCUUUUACGUAUCUAUAUUACGCACUGUUCCAAGCUUUCAGCAUCGGAUAGAACAGAUGUUACGGGAAAUGGGAACAUCUGGGAAAAAAAUUAUUCAAGAUUUAUUGGAAAAUGACGAUGUGUUUUUGGAGUACAUUAAAAGCACAUUCCAGGAACUGGCAAGGCGAGAAAGCUUUCUGCGUAAGCAUGUGAAAUGCUGGCAGGAGCUGGAAACACAUAUGAGUAGGCCAACAAAGCUAGCAUUUGGAGAGUAUAUGGAGGUUUUUCUUGAAGGGCUAUGGUUUGAAAGCGAACAAUAUGAAACUUUUCGGAAAGAUAUAUUGCGAUUAAAUUCUCAUCAAGCACUGGCUUGUAUGGAACACCUGAAUAAGCAUAUGUUUUCUGGACCGAGAGUGGGUAAAGGACUCAACCUUGCGGAUGAGCUUGAACAUCUUGUGGAUUCUUCCAAAAAUAAGUAUCUAGAAACGGUGGAGAUGCGAAUGAAGAAUUAUAGCGGAACGGAACAUACUCGAAAAGUUAUGGAAACAGGAUUUGACAAGAGCAUUCUUCGGUACUCAAGGUGGUUAAAAGAAUUAGUGCAAUUGUUGGAUGAAGAGAUUGAGCAUGGGAUGUUGGGAACGCAAGGUAUGGAUGCAUAUCCGUUUUAUGAGGUUUUCUUCUUUGACUAUCGGCGACCGCUAGAACAAGGGUUUUUGUCUGGACACCAACGAAGCGUAAUUCAUAGCUCGUGCAUGAAUCCAGAGUAUUACAUUGGUAUGCAGAGGAUAAGUGACACAGAAGAGAAAAAUGAAGCGAAUUUAAAACAGAAUAAACCAUGGCUGCCGGACCUAUCUAUUCUAUACAAGCUGUAUAGUGAGUCAGGAGCAUUUUUGAAUUUGUAUGAUUGGUACAUGGCAUUUUCAGAAAACUUACAAGUGUUGGCUACGGAGGAGCGGCUGCCCACAAAACGAAGGUUCACAGAGGAAAGCGAAGCCGACUUACCCAAAGAUGAAAUGAACGCCAAACCAGACAGGCAAUACGUACCAAUGGAAGUGGAUGAGAAUUCAAACAAGGAAAGCGUUGAAUUACAGUCUCGAUUUCUGUUUGGGCUCGAAGAAUUACGGUUUUUAGGGUUAAUCAAACCGACAACGCGCAAGACGGACCACGUAAUGAAGACAAUUUAUCAUCAUUAAAGGAUGUUAACCAAAGUGUGUAUAUGGAUGAGUACAAACAAGAAGCACUCUCUACCCUGUGACAAGCAAUCAAGAAACUGUACGACAGUAGACUUUUGAACAUAGGGUCAUUGCUGAAAUAUUGGUUUGACAUAUUGUACUGUGUUUAUACGAUAUCACUUGAACCCGCAUAGGAAAGACGAAGGAGUAGGAUCCUUAGAGUGGAAAGCGAGUGAAUUGAAGGGGACUACGAGUGGACGGUUCCCUGGGGUAAGGUUCAUAGCAAUUAGGGAAACGGUUCGAUUAAGAAUUCGGAGGAGGAACUAAUGACAAAAAGGUUAAAUGAAACGAGCAUACUCCUGACCGAAAGCCGAGGAUCUAACCUUUUGGGAAUUUUAGCGAAAAAAAAACAUACACGUUGGAGAGAAAAUGAAUACGCUAGUUUAUGCAACUGGUGCAAAGAAUCAUUUGUUAACCAGAAGCUUUUUUUUUAACAUAUAAUUGUUGAUUUUUUCUGAGGUACUUUUUCUUAUAGAUACACAAUGACAAAGUUCAUUGGAACACGAGCAGCAACAUAAACGAGAAGAAGCUUAACGGAUACUCCUGAUUUUGGGAAGUGAAUAAACCAGAGUUUCCAAAUAGCAACAAAGAAUUCACCCCGUAAACAUCGAAGAUCCCGUCGUCUGUUGCUAACCCAGAAGAAGGAAGCGAGAGCACAGCAACAUACGUGAUCAACAACUUUCCGUUAAAAAGAGGAGUAAUGAUCCUUUGUAAGCAUAAGCAACCCGGAUAAAGAAGGAGACAAAGGGGGAACGACUGGAUAGCGUACUAUUUUAACGAAUCAACAAUCAACAAACCAAUAAUCAUCCGAUCAACAGAAGUGUUUUCUCUCGAUUUUCUUUAUUUCUUUGUUUUCCUAUUGUCUGGAUGCGUCGAGAUACUUAGGGACGAAAACAAAGCGAUUAAUGUUUGAUAACGAGCAAGGUGAACGUAUGAGGUAGCGAGUAUGUGACGGACGAGAGACUAGACUAGACCAGGCCCGCUUAGAUUGGGAGUAAGGAUGCGAACUAAGAAUAUAAUAGCAAUGACAAAAGGUGAAAGGGC